GAGCCAAGCGACCCGGAUGUUUGGCGGAAGCGGUCGGUUAGCAACAACAGCAACAGCAGCAGCAGGUGCAGGCAGGCUGCGCAGACAGCUGUUACACUAAAAACACACCAAACAUGCUUUUAUUGACACUGUGUCAACAACGGGCGUGACAGGCCGGAUGGGAAACAGUCGGACUCGGCUCGCGGAACAACUCUCUCGGCAGUUGUCCCGUUGUCUCCCCCCCCCCCGGCUUGUGGACGGAGUUAAAACAUGAUGAACGGAGCUAACUGGAUGCUAACAGGCUAACCGUCAGUAUGGAGAGGCUUUGAUCAACGUUAUCAACAGGUUGACUUCGGGACAGUAACAGAAGACGUCAUGGACUCGCUGCUGGACUUCGAGGAAUGUGUCAAAGACUCUCCUGAGUUCAGGCUGAAGCUAGAGCUGUUUGAGGCGGAUGUGUCUGUGCUCGAGACACAACUGGACAAGGUGAUGAAGCUGUGCGGGAAGAUGGUGGAGGCGGGACAAGCGUACAACGCAGCCAAUCAGCUAUUCCUGGCCGGCCUGGCCGAACUCUCCACGUACCACAGGAAGGACGGUGUCAUCAGCAACUGCCUGAACCAGUUCAACCAGGGCCUGCAGGAGAUGGUCAGCUUCCACACUAUGUUGUUUGAUCAGACUCAGAGAGCCAUCAGCCAGCAGCUGACCAACCUCUGCUCACAGUUCCUGCCCCAGCUGGUGGAGACCCGGAGAGAGUUUGUGCGGAUCGGGGAUGAUCUGGAGACGGCGGCGGUGAAGAGCGCUCAGGCGUCUCGCCACAAAGCCGCCGACGCCGAGCGCGCCAGUCACCUGCUGCUCGCCACGCGCAAAUGCUACCAGCACUUCGCCCUGGACUACUGUCUGCAGCUCAACACCUUCAAGACUCAGCAGAGAAUCGACAUCUUGAACUCGGUGUUCUCCUUCGUCCACGCACAGUUCACCUUCUUCCACCAAGGCUUCGACCUGCUCCGGGACCUGGAGCCCACCAUGAAAACCAUGGCAACACAGUUGUCCCAGUUCUCCGCUGACUGUGCAGCUAAAAGGAAAGACCUGGAGAACACACACCUGCUGGUGCAGCAGAGAGAUGCUUCAGGGGAGCCCAUGGUCAUCCCGUGUCCCGGCAGUGAUGACAUCAUCCAGGGUUACCUCUUCAAACGCUCGAGGAGGAAAACCAAAACCUGGAAGAGGUCCUGGUUUUCCAUCCGAGACAACCAGCUCCUCUACAGGAAGUCACACAAGGAGGAGGCCGUGGUCCUGUUCGAGGAUCUCCGUCUGUGUGCCGUCAAAUCUCUGGAGCACCUGGACCGCCGCUUCUGCUUCGAACUGCUCUCCGUUCAGAAAUGCUGUGCUCUGCAGGCUGACUCGGAGCAGCUGAAGCAGGCGUGGCUCAGUGCUCUGCAGGGCAGCAUCGACCUGGCCUACAGAGAGAGGGCCGACUCCCAGCCUAAAGAGCUCCCCCCUCCCCUCUGCGGGGGGGACUCGUCCCCGGGCCCCCCCGCGCCGAGGCCGUCGGUGCUGGACGUGGCCCUGCGGGGCCCCGGGAACCAGCGGUGCUGCGACUGCGGCGAGGAGGAGCCGCGCUGGGCCUCCAUCAACCUGGGAGUCACCGUGUGCAUCGAGUGCUCCGGCAUCCACAGGAGCCUGGGAGUCCACCUGUCCAAGGUGAGAUCUCUCACUCUGGACUCAUGGGAGGCUGAACAGCUGAAGCUGCUGUGCAUUCUGGGAAAUAACACCGUGAACCGGAUCUACGAGGCGCGGUGUUCAGAGGAAGGCCGAGUCAAACCCCGAGCCAACAGCCCGCGAGUGGAGAAGGAGACGUGGAUCAAAGAGAAGUACGUGGAGAAGAGAUUUGUCCAAAACGGCAGCUCGGACGGAGCUCGAGGAGGGAAGGGCGAGGCCGCGCUGCGUCUGUAUCGGGCUGCGUCGGCGGGGGAUCCGGUUGCCAUGGCGGCAGCGUUGGCCCAGGGGGCGGAGGUCAACGGGAGCAUCGCCGAGGAGACGGGGCGCACGGCGCUGAUAGGAGCUGCUGUCGGGGGCUCCCUGUUGGCCUGUGAGUUCCUGCUGCUGAACGGAGCAAACGUCAACCACCGAGACCUGAGAGGACAGGGAGCUCUGCACGCUGCUGCUACCGCUGGACACACUGGACAGGUCUGUCUGCUGCUGAAGAGAGGAGCCAAUCAGUACGCUGUAGACGAGCGGGGACAGGACCCGCUGGCCAUCGCCGUGGAAACGGCCAACGCUGACAUUGUCACACUACUGCGGAUGGCCAGGAUGAAUGAAGAGAUGAGAGACUCAGAAGGAGUCUUCGGAGCGAUGGGAGACGACGAGACGUUCCAGGACAUCUUCCGCGACUUCAGCGACAUGGCGUCACACGACCCCGAGCGGCUCAGCAGACGCCAGUUCAGCCGCGGCGGCGGCGAGGAAGAAGAAGAGGAGGAGGAGGAGGAGGAGGAGGAGGUGGUGAAGGGAGGCGCAGGAGAAACUGUGAACAGCCGCCAACACGGUGUUGGAAAGACGUCGUAA